UUACCCCCCCGAAAGAUACAUUAGACAUCUCAGCUAAGAAUAGGUAGAUACAUACCUACCUACCUAGGUAUCGUAGGAAUCCAUUUAAACUGCCCCGCCAUCAAGCUUCAAGUCACAUGGAUGUAACCUCAGCAUCCGUACAAAUUAAAUAUAUCGUGAAAGAUUUAGAACAUGUAGCGAAAAUAUAACAACUCAAUAAGUUUAUAAUUGAUUUGUAUUUGCGGCAAUAUAUCGGUCAUCUAAUAGGUUAAUAGGUGCUCAUGUGCUCAGCAGCAUUGUUGGUAUUCAGGAUGCCUAAUCUAUUAUAUCAAGAGAUGAGUUAACUAAAUAUUUCUUAUAAUCGAAUGAUCUCAUGAUGAGAUUGAAUUAGCGGGUCUGCUCAGACACCGCUCAAGUAAAUUUGUAGGAUUUGCCAUUCUCAUGAGUUGAUAUCCUCGCAUCUUCUUCUCACUAUCCUACUUGGUUUCUCACUUACCCAGUGAACCGCAUGAAAAAGUCGAUGCCUCAUUAGAUAUUACUCUGGCUUUCCUGAGAAUGGCCAUCCUAUUGAACCUACCUAAUGAGAUUCUCAUCUCAAUUCUUGAUGCCCUCGCUGAUGUCGAUCUUCAGUCACUCAUCAUCUUACAACUCAUGAACCGCCGGCUUUAUACGCUUGCCAAGGAUAUCUUAUACAACGUGAAGACUAUCUCGAGCACCGACGACGCGAGCGAUGAUGAGGGAACGCGAAUACAUCCUCUUUGGAGAACGAAAUUUAAAGGCCUAUUCGAUACGUCGGACUGCUUUACGGACGAGGAGAAGGCGAGAAUGGCGUUUCUAACGCUCAACGGCGAUUACACACUCCCCUUCCGCAGGCUCCCAUGGGCACAAACGGAAAGUGAGCGUGACGCAUAUCGCCGCCCAGGAGCGAGCUGGCACGAAAUUAGCCUUACUUUCGGCCGAGCUCCCAUAACCCACUUAGACGUAGUCAAGAGUUAUUCCGCUCCCGAGGGCGAUGCAGUCGACUACUACCAAGUGGAUCUGCCGCCGUCCGGUAUGACAAUGGGUCUCUUCUACGACGUUCUCCUAUGCGACAAGGCAACAUACGGCUACGAGACGGGUAGUUGGGAGCUGAUCGUUGGUCGAAGAUUACAUAGUUUUGAUGUUCUGUUUGAAUACGAAUGCUUCAUUCCGGAUGAUAGAGACUUAGUCGACAUCGGUAAAGAGGCGCGUCAGGCCGCGGUGUUGUACGUGCGGGGUGGCCCAGUGAGCCGUAAAUUCACACCCGAAACCGUGGAGGACAGCUGGGUCGUCAACAGCAAUGUCAAGCGACGACUGCUCCCGUGGCAAGGUCCUAUUCAGAACUUCAUCUUUACCGGAUAUUUCGACUAGAUCCUUGGGGUUGAGACUGGGACUGUUGAAAGCUCAAGGUUCUGACCGCGAUUGCACCCUACGAUCUUCUAAGUCGGCUACGGCUUAGACGAUCCAUAUGUAGGAUUAAGAAGAUGUGGACAUACAUAGGUAGGUAGGUACCUACAUAGUAGACUUUAUCGCAAACCUAAUUACGUCAUAUUUCGAUGUCCUAGGGAUUCCUAGGGAUUCGGUAAAGAUUGCCGACGGGACAAUUACACGUCCGUAG